UAUAUGUAUGAUGCUACUUCUAUCAGAACUCACUCUCUAUUAUUUUGACGUUUUUCACUCAUUCGAUCGUAGGUCUGAGUCCUUCAUAUCUUCAGAGAGAACGAGAGUAGGGAAAUGGGCCAAAAGUGUGGCUGCAAAGUCCCAACUGAAGCCGUCAGUGCCACCAAGUGCCUGUAGCGAUCUAGAAUGGGUUGACAAUGACAUUAAUGACGACGCACCUGAAGAUUUAGAUUUCAAUGAUAACCUGACCAAACGUCAUAGCGCAAAGGGCGUUGUGCACAUUUUGGAGGCCAUCAAUGACGCACCGAGAGGAAAGAAGCGUACCUUGUCGACUGUCUCAGUGGAGGAGCCUGGACCCGAAGAACAGUGCGAAAUGCAGGAAGACCCAGAGGCUGAUGAAGAUGCUGAAUACCAGGACGCAGAGGGCGAUGUUCCUAUGACGGAUGAGGGGGGUGAUGUUGAGGUCCGCGAAACGACGACCAGUCGGCUCACAACUUCCAUGUCGGUCAGUGUCGUGGAGACAGACAAUCGAAACAAGUUUAUCAAAACCGAAACUGGACGAGCACCACGGAACUCGCAAUGGUGUUUGAAAUUCAUCCCAACGAUCAUGUAUUGGGUUGGAAACAGCCGCUUUCCAUGGAUUAUUUCUGACGAUACACUCUCAAACAUUCUCUAUGAUAUCAACUACUCAGUGUACAAGCAACCGGGAGACUUUGAGGUUGAUGGCUGUAAUGGCGCCUUCAAUGUGGUGUAUCAAAGGAUCUCCGAGUGGCGGGGAAAUUUUGGUUCCACUGCUAUCACCAUUUUGAUGGCAUUUUUUGCCUCGACCGAUGAAUACGAGACGCAGGAGGCACGGAAAGCUUACUCAGAAUAUCAACUUGAAGACUUCCGCUUUGUUUACGAAGACCCAGAUAGUGAAGAUUCACCUGGAGCUUUCUUAUCCGAGUUCAUCUUGCGUAUAUUUGCUACUCACCUUGAUGCCAUCCAUGGACGCCAGACAGUGGACUCGCUCGACUUUGGCUUACCUACAUAUCAAACAGCACUAGCGCUGACCACUGCUGCUGCCGAACGUGCAUUUAUUUUAGCUCGCGACGACCUCAUUGUGGAGGAUAAUUCAGAGCAUGGGAAACAUAGACUCGCGUUAACGCUCAAUCAAGCAACCAACAAAAUGAGCAAUACCGGUACUGCUUUUUCUGCGGGCAAUUGGGAGACUGACACGCUCGCAUACAUGGAACGGAUCGAGGAACUGCCCUUCGACCGUGUGAAGGAGAUUGUUGAGCGAUCUCAACUAUACAUGAAGUGUUCGCGCCACAAGGACCAAGACGAAGACACUAUUCCCGACGAUGAAAGUCAGGUCCCUGUGAACCCACGUUCCCGUAUCCACAUCUGUAUUUUUUUUUCAUUAUCUUAAUUUGCUCGCCCUGACGCCAUAAUAUUUGACAGGACUUGGUUGGCUACUACAUGCGUGCUCAUUCAUCCCCUCAAAUCAUUGAUCACAUCAGUCCCUGCUCGCUACUGUCGGCGUCGCUUGUUUUCGGACGCGUUUUUUUUAUCGUUUUUUCGUGAUUUUCCUAGGGCGCCUUGAACUCAUGGAC